GAGCCGCGCCCGGCCGCUGCCACUGGACAUGGACGGCAGCCCCCUGCCCAGGUGAGGUGUGUCGCGACCUCCCACGAGCGGCCAUGCCGUGACGUCAUGACGAUCUCGGCCGAGCACAGCCGGCUGUCGGACGAGGACGAUGACGAGCAGGAGGAGGAGGAGCUGCCUCCACCGCUACUGAACCUGCGGCAGCGGCUGCGUCAGAAGUACGAGGAAAACGUCGAGAAAAUCAACUUCUACUCCACCGUGUUCUUCAGCUUGCUGGCGAUCGGCGCCUUCUUCGGCUUCCUCUUCCUAGUGCCGUUUGUGAUCGAGCCAGCCGUGACUACCAUCCAGAUGGACUUUGCGCUGGACCCGGUCACGUGCUGCGUGGUCUCGUACCAGGAGGACUCCGGCGCACACAACUGCUCCAAGUGGAGCUCGUGCCGCGAGGGCUGCACGCGAGAGGUGUUCGAGUGCGUCAAGAUCCUGGUGGCCUACACCGACGCCAAGAACUUCUCCUGCAGCCGGCGCCCGGUCGACCACCAGUGGCUGCACAACGAGGCUUUCCUCUACCCAAACGUCAAGGGCUGCGGCUACCCACCGUCGCUCAACUGCACGGUGUUCGCGCAGACCUACCGCGCUGUGAACACCACGUUCCCGUGCUACUACAGCCGGGUGGACGCCACGCUGGUGAUUACGGCUCUGGACCCGGCCGAGAUCGAGCACAGCCUGCUGCUCUCCAUCAUCGGGCCGCUGAUCGCUUUCGGCGUGUCGGUGGCGUUCCUCGUGCACGCCUACCACCGCAUGAAACGGAAGGAGGCGGCCGCGGCGCUGCAGGAGCUGGAGGAGAAGGCGCAGUGUCUACUGGAGCGCGAGCAGGAGCAAGUGGCCACGCGUAGCAACGCCACUAGCACGUACUCCAUCAAGUCCAUCUCCAGCAAGAUCAAUGCCACAGUGAUGCGACUGUCUAGGGAGCGGCGCAAGGAGAGCGGGUCCGGCGACAACAUCGAGAUGGAGGAGGUGGUGGAGGCGCGGCCGCCCAGCCGCUACCUCAAGCCAGGCCGCAUGCCCAGCGGCAACCGGAACAACCUGCUGGAGCCACUGGAGGUGACGCCGCAGACGCAGCCCGCCGAGACCGAGACCGGGUACGUUUUGUGGGUCUGA